AUGUGGGGAAAACUCACGCAGCACAUCGGAAUAUGGUUGGGUUUUGAAGAGAAUCGUCGAAUGCGUCCCUCUUGUUCACUUUCUGUUUUGCACAAUUCGCAUUUUUCUGUGGUUAGAACCUCAAAAAGCUCGGAGAAUCUACAUCGAGUGAAUGUGUCGCAAGAGAAUCUCGCUCAAAGUCGGCUCACCGUUUCCCCGUCAACGAUCGAUCGACGAUUUGUGAGAACGAAGAAACAAAGCGAGAGUCCACCCGGGAAAAAGAAUGGUCUCUUCUCACUUCGACGUGGGCGUAAAGGGAAAGAGAAACGGAAACAGUCGCAGAUUAUUGAGAACAGCGCCUUGGUUGGUGAUCAUCACUCGUCCUCAUCGCACAAUGGUUCCACCAAGCAAAGCCUCUACGACUCGCCCCCUUCAACGGCUAAUGAGAUGUGGAAUGAUGUGACUCGUUCGUGGCAUCCAGCCGUUGUCUCACCCUCACAAGGCGGCACUGCUUCGAGUUCGACCUCGAUGCACGCCUCUGUGAAGAAUAUCUUUCAGAUAUUCAGGCCCUCCCGCUCGCGCUCGACCCACCAAAAUGAAGCGAUGCUUGUGAGUCGAGUGAUGUGCCCGACGAGUCAAACGGUGGGCGAUUUCACUCAGUUGAGACGAAGACGACCUCGGUCGGCGCAUUUCGACCCGAACACCCUUGUGCUGCCGAAAGCUGAGGAGAUCCCACAGCAAAAUGUCGACGAUUUGUACACAAGAAUCGAGAAAUUGGGCGAGGGAAGCUAUGCCACAGUGUACAAAUGUGAAUCCAAACUUGACGGCGCACUCGUCGCACUUAAAGAGAUCAAGUUGCAAUUUCAAGAAGGCCUACCAUUCACAGCAAUAAGAGAGGCCUCUUUACUGAAAACGUUACGACACGCGAACAUCGUCUGUCUUCAUGACAUUUUUUAUCAACACGAUCAACUGACUUUUGUUUUUGAGUACAUGACCCUUGACCUGGCAAAGCACUUGGAGAUUUACCCGGAUGGUCUGGAAACAUUCCAAAUCAAGCUCUUACUGUAUCAACUGUUGCGUGGAUUAACGUUUUGCCAUCAGAAGAAGAUCUUGCACAGAGAUCUCAAACCGCAAAACAUUCUCCUCAACGAGAGAGGCGAGCUGAAGUUGGCUGAUUUCGGGCUUGCUCGAGCGAAAAGUGUUCCUAGUCGAACGUACUCCCAUGAGGUGGUCACUUUAUGGUAUCGUCCACCGGAUGUCCUGUUAGGCAGCACGAAUUAUUCGACCUCUUUGGACAUGUGGGGUGUCGGUUGUAUCAUGGCCGAGAUGUGCACUGGGCGAGCGCUUUUUCCCGGUAGUCGAGAUGUAGCCGAUCAACUGCACACAAUAUUCUCGAUUCGCGGCACACCCGAUACAACGAGUUGGCCUCAGGUCCUCCAACUGCCCCACUACAAUCCGGUCAUCUAUCCGCCGAAAGACGAGUUGACGUGGAUAAAGGUUCAUUCCUCUCUUUUCCGACUCCACAACGGACUUGAUUUGCUUUCCCUAUUGUUACAGUUAAACCCCUCCGCCCGUGUCUCUGCCUCCCUCGCUCUUCUCCAUCCAUUCUUCUCCGCUUUACCCCCGUCAAUUCAUCUCCUUCAACCAUCCCAAUCGAUUUUUGUCCUCCCGGAGCUGCAGGGAUUGCGAAGA